GCAGCAUUACUUUUAUCAAGUUUUCAAUUACUACUUUAGGAGAUAAAAUUCAGACGCUCCUAUCUGCUGAUUAGCGACUAAAAGUACACUGAAAAGAGCUAAGAGUAGUAAAGUUGAGUCUUUACCAUUUCCUCCAUUUCUGGUCUCUAGAUGGCAGCAGAGAGGCACCAAGCUGGCUUAAAGAUUUUGGAGAAGCUGACCACCGAUGCUUACCAAAUACAAGAACAGGUACUGGAGGAGAUACUUAAUCGAAACGCAGGAACAGAAUACCUAAGGGGCUUCCUCAAUGGCCAAUGUGACAAGCAACUCUUCAAAAAGAAUGUUCCCAUUGUUACUUAUGAUGAUAUUGAGCCUUACAUCCAUCGGAUCGCCAAUGGGGAGUCAUCAGAUAUCCUUUUAGCUGAACCUGUCACUGGGUUCUAUCGAAGCACUGGAACUUCAGGAGGACAACCAAAGCUGAUACCUUCAACUGCUGAAAAGGAUAAAGGGGCAUUAUUUCAGACCCUAAAGGAAUCUGUGAUGAACAAGCACUUUGGCGACUUAGAUAAAGCUGGAAAAAGUAUGCAACUUUUGUUUACCAAACAGGAGAUUGAAACUCCAUCUGGCCUACCGGCAACACCUGCUACAACAAGCAUAUUCAAGGACAGUGGCUUUAGAAACAUUGUUGCCAGGCUUUACACAAGCCCAAUUGAGACAAUCCUUUGUUCAGAUAACAACCAGAGCAUGUAUUGCCAAUUACUUGUCGGUUUAAUACAGCGGGACGAGGUUGGAUCGGUUGGCUCAAGCUUUGCUUCUACAAUGUUAAGAGCUAUCAAGUUUAUAGAAGAUCACUGGAAAGAGCUAUGCUAUAACAUAAAAACAGGUCACUUAAGCAAUAGGAUCAAUGACUCAGGAUGCAAAAAUGCUCUGUCAUUGUUCAUGAAGCCUAAUCCAGAUUUGGCUGAUUCAAUAGAAAAUAUAUGUGGCUGUAAAUCAUGGGAAGGAAUAAUCAGAAAGCUUUGGCCUAAAGCAAAGUAUAUUGGUACCAUUACUACAGGCAUUAUGAGUCAAUAUACUGCAGCACUCGAUUUCUACAGUGGAGGGCUCCCUUUAGUGUCCAGUGCUUAUGUUUGUUCUGAAGCUAUGUGUGGGAUCAAUUUAGAACCUCUAAGCAAGCCUGCUGAUGUCUCCUACACCUUCCUCCCCAAUAUGGCAUACUUUGAAUUCCUUCCUGUGAAGAAAGAUUGUCUAACAAAGUUUCUGGAUCAGGUUCAGUUUAAUGGUGUUGCACACCAAGAAUCCAAGGAAAUGAUGAGCAGCAUUGAAGCUAUUGAACCUGUUGAUCUUGUAAAUGUGGAGCCUGGCCAAUGUUAUGAGCUGGUUGUCACAACUUUUGCAGGCUUAUACCGUUACAAAGUUGGAGAUAUUCUUAUGGCAACGGGUUUCUACAAUAAUGCACCUCAAUUCCAGUUUGUUGAGCGACAAAAUGUAAUUCUAAGUAUUGAUGCUGAAAAAACAAGCGAAGUAGACCUUUUAAGGGCAGUGACAAAAGCAAAGGCUCUUCUUGAUCCGCUGGGCUUUCUCUUGACAGGGUACACUAGCUAUGCUGAUACUUUAUCAACACCAGGUCACUACAUAUUAUUUUGGGAACUUAAGACGAAGGAAAGCAAUGACAUGAAAGAGCCUGAUCCCAAGAUAAUGGUAGAAUGUUGCUCCAGCGUGGAAGAGUCACUCAAUUACACCUAUAGAAUGUAUAGGAAGGAAACUAUAAUUGCACCUUUGGAGCUUAGGGUGGUAAAACAGGGAACUUUUGAUGCCCUAAUGGAUUACUAUGUAUCACAAGGAGCUUCUAUGAACCAAUACAAGGGACCUAGUUGCAUCAAAUCUAAGGAAGCCAUAAAGAUUUUAGAUUCCAGAGUGAUGGGAAAGUUUUUCAGCGCUGAAACUCAGUUUUGAUUUGUAUUUAUUCCUAUGUUUGUUUGGUGUGAAGGAUCAAUUGUCUAGGAAGGUAAUUCGACAAGGUUAAAACUGUUACUGGAGAACUUGUUUCUAUAUGUAGUUCAACGAGUACUUAAUUAGCCACUCUGCUAAUUGGGUUGAUAUGCAUAGAUGUAUCUAUCGAGGAAGCAAAUACCUGCGUUGUCUUUGGUUUGAUGUC